GUAAUAAUAAUAAUAAUAACCACGAUAAUCAUAACGAUAAUAUCAAAGGACGCCUCAAGCACAGUCAAUAAAGAAAGAAAAAAAAUGUCAGCGCGCGCCCACUCACAGCCACGUGCCGCUUCCAUAGUAGAAGACGACUACAAGAAGGAUGGAAGCGCGAACCAGGAGCCCCAAGUCGGGUCUUAAGUCUAGGUCCCACACCCCGAAAUCGAAGGGUGAAUUAGUGACCCGAAGUGACGACACGAGCGAGGGAACCAAGUCCAAGGAGCCUCGCAGAACCGGCUCCCGUAAGAAGACGUCGCAGCAGACCAACAGGCAACCGACUUCCAAGAGGCUGGCCAAAGCAAGCGCAGCUGAAGGCUCGGGUUCUGGAGGAAAGAUGGCAGCCAACUUUGGGUCCAACCAGGCCCGACCACGAGCUCCAGGCACAACUCGACCUGUCACAACUCUCCGGUCGGUAACCAAGCCGUCUUUCACAGGCGGCUCGCAAGCAUUCCGUGACGUCAAUGGCAGCACCCCGCUCGGAAGAUGUGGAAGGCUGGGCUUGAAUGCAACGCAGAGCAAUGGUUUGACGGCGACGCCACCCAACGAAUUGUCUUCGCACCUAUCUCAACGACUACCCACCCUGAGCGUAACGAAGGUUUGUUCGCAACAAAGGGAUGUUGAACUCAUUAUAGUUUAAUGGUAUGUUGACAUACACGCAAGCAUCCGGGGAACCGAACCUGUAUAACUUUCCUCUGUUAAUCCACUCCUGCUAUAGCGCUUAUUGCGCUGCAGUAUGUACAAAUAAAUAAAAUAAA